CCUCUCUAAGUCUUUCAAUUAGGAAAGUUACCCAAUUUGAGAAUGACAAUGCUGGCCACAAAGGAGACCCGAACGAAUUUACUUUUCUAACUAAAGUGAGAAUGUCCCUUAACCAUAACUAAAAGAGCUUCUGAACCUUUUCAAGUGGUGGCUAGGCUAUAUAUAAAGAGUACAAAUAUCAACUUAUGGCACUAAAACAAAUCAAAGCCUAGUAGUUUCAGAGUGUGUGUGUGAGUGAGUGAUCAUUGAAGCAAAAUUGAAAAGCAAAAGAUUUGGACAAUGACAGGGCUUGGCUCUUCUUGUGGAGCAUGCAAGUUCUUGAGGAGAAGGUGCACAAGUGAAUGUGUGUUUGCUCCACACUUCAACUAUGAUGAAGCUGCAGCCCAUUUUGCAGUGGUGCACAAGGUGUUCGGUGCCAGCAACGUCUCAAAGCUGUUGACAAACCUUCCCAUGAACGAUCGACGUGAAGCUGCCAUCACAAUAUCCUACGAGGCGCUGGCUCGGAUGCACGAUCCGAUUUAUGGUUGUGUUUCUCAAAUCUUUGCACUCCAACAACAGGUAGCUAGCCUACAGGAGGAGAUAGAAACUCUUGGAAUUCAAAUGGCUAACCUCACAGUUGACGUUUCGAGUUGUGGAAGUUCUCAAGCAACUAAUCAGUUUAAUAAUGAGUUAUGGGUUUAUUCUCAGCAGCAUAAUGACAUGACGAAUGUACAAAACUUUUUAAGUCAACAAGAUUCACUGCUCUCCCAUGGAGGGGAUACAGAAGGAAAUCAUGACCUCUAUACCCAGAUGAAUAUACAGUUUCCUUGUUUGGGAUUGGAGGACCAAACCUCCUCUGUUCCUUACCCUGACUUGAGCCUCUUAGAGAGACUCCUUGAAGGAAUUGACCAAGGAAUCUAUGCUAGCUGUCCAUGGAUAGUCAAUGGAAGCAACACCAAUUGAAGAGGGUCAAAACUGGAAGCAUGGCUUGCUCUUGUGUAAUAUAACCUCUUUUUCAUUCCAAAGAGAAACAAGUUUUGUACUAUCCCCAAUUUUACUAGUUAUGCCAUCCAGAUGUUUGUUUGUUUAAAAAUA